AUGUGGGGAAACCAGAGUUCCAUCACAGAGUUCAUCUUACUAGGAUUUCCUCUUGACCCAAGGAUACAGAUGCUUCUCUUUGUCCUCUUCUCCCUGUUCUACACCUUCACCAUGCUAGGGAAUGGAACCAUCUUGGUGGUCAUCUGGCUGGACUCCAGACUGCACACUCCCAUGUACUCCUUCCUCCACUUGGCCUUUGUGGACAUUGCUUAUGCCUGCAACACAGUGCCCCAGAUGCUGGUGAACCUCCUGGACCCAGCCAAGCCCAUUUCCUUUGCUGGCUGCAUGACACAGACCUUUCUCUUUUUGACUUUUGCACACACAGAAUGUCUCCUCCUGGUGGUGAUGUCCUAUGAUCGGAAUGUGGCCAUCUGCCACCCACUCCGUUAUUCAGCCAUCAUGGACUGGAGAAUCUACAUUGCCCUGGUAGUGACUUCCUGGAUUUUAGGGGUCUUUUUAGCCCUAGUCCAUCUAGUAUUACUCCUACCAUUGCCCUUCUGUGGCUCUCAGAAUGUUAAUCAUUUUUUCUGUGAAAUUAUAGCUCUUCUCAAACUUGCCUGUGCAGAUACUCACAUAAAUGAGGUCAUGGUUUGGGCUGGGGCAGUGUCUGUUCUGGUUGGACCAUUUUCUUCAAUUGUGGUAUCUUAUGUUCAUAUUCUAUGUGCCAUCCUAAAGAUCAGGUCAGAAGAGGGGCGCCAGAAAGCAUUUUCUACUUGUUCCUCCCACCUUUGUGUGGUUGGACUUUUUUAUGGAACAGCCAUAUUCAUGUACAUUGGGCCCCAACAUGGGAACUACAAGGAGCAGAAGAAAUAUCUCUUGCUCUUUCACAGCCUUUUCAAUCCCAUGCUCAACCCCCUGAUCUAUAGUCUGAGGAACAAAGAGGUCAAAUGUGCUCUGAAGAGACUGCUCAUAAAAGAGAGAAUGCCACGAAAAGUCUCAUAUAAUAACAAAUAA